UGGAAGCCGCGGGGGCUCGCCCCGCACCCAGCCCUGCUUUGCCGGCUCCUGGCGUCUCGCCCCCCGCCGCGGGGCUGAGCGGCGUGCGGUGCGGCGCUUCGCCUCCCAACUGCGCCAACCGGCGGCGGGGUUUUCUUCUACUUAGCGCAUUCGUUUCGUUUCUUUUAACGUUAUUCUUUUGCCUUGUUUUCUCCUACUUUGUCGCUGUUAUUUUUCUUGUCGUUGUUAUUUUUUUUUUUUUCCCGCUGUUUGCAAACUAAUCGCCUCUCAUGGGGGGCGGAGGAAAGGAAAUCAAAGCUGCCGCAGCUCAAGGGUGUAAAAGCAUGCUGGGGAAGAGCCGAGGAGCCGCAGGACGGGAUGGCUGCGGCUCGGUGCUGGCCGCCCUCCUCUCGGCGCUGGCAGCCGCCUCCUGCGUGUACCUGGGGCUGCGGACAAGCGACCUCCAAGCCAGAGUCGCGGCCAUCGAGAGCUCCCGAGGGGGUUCCUCGGCCGCCGCCUCGCUCCCGCCGCUGCCCGGCUAUUCCCUGGAGCAGCUCAACGCGAUGAUGCAGGAGAAAGUGGAGCGACUUCUUGCCCAGAAAACUUACGAGCACUUAGCAAGAAUACGAGUAGCGAGAGAAGUGCCUCCAGAGUGCAACUGCCCACCAGGUCCUCCAGGGAAAAGAGGUAAGCGGGGCAGAAGAGGAGAGACUGGACCUCCUGGUCAGCCUGGUCCUCAAGGCCCUCCUGGUCCAAAAGGCGAGAAGGGAGAUCAAGGUGAUCAGGGCCCUCGGGGUCUGCCAGGCUUCCCCACAGUUGCUGCUCUGCACAGUAAUCAGAUCCUCACCGUCAAGGGAGACCAAGGACAAGCUGGACCCCCUGGGCCUCCGGGGCCACCAGGACCCAGGGGUCCCCCAGGAGAUACUGGCAAAGACGGUCCUCGUGGGAUGCCUGGCAUACCGGGUGAGCCAGGAAAACCAGGAGAACAAGGAUUGACUGGACCUCAGGGGCCUCCGGGACAAAAGGGUUCUGUCGGAGUGCCUGGUGUUCCAGGGAGAGAUGGACAAGUGGGUGAACCUGGUUUGCCUGGAGUAGCGGGAGAGAAGGGAGCAGCAGGGCUUAAGGGUGACCCUGGAGAAAGAGGAGAAAAGGGUGAUGCUGGAGAAAAUGGACCGAAGGGUGACACAGGAGAAAAGGGUGACCCUGGUUCUUCUGCUGCAGGAAUUAAGGGUGAACCUGGUGAAUCUGGACGGCCUGGGCAAAAGGGUGAACCAGGUCUUCCUGGGCUUCCUGGACUCCCUGGAAUAAAGGGUGAACCAGGUUUCAUUGGUCCACAAGGAGAACCUGGGUUGCCAGGGCUACCAGGAACGAAGGGUGACAGAGGAGAGGUGGGCCCUAUUGGGAAGGGUGAGCGAGGUGAACCUGGAGCUCCUGGACCAAAGGGUGAUACAGGUGACAGAGGUGACACUGGAUCUGCAGGUCCACGGGGACCACCUGGACAGAAGGGUGAUCAAGGCGCAACAGAGAUAAUUGAUUAUAAUGGCAAUAUCCACGAAGCUCUGCAGGGACCACCAGGACCACCAGGACCCCAAGGGCUCCAAGGACCAAAGGGUGAACCAGGAUCCCCAGGAACUCCAGGAGUUGAUGGGGAGCAGGGUCCUAAGGGCUCGAAAGGAGAUACAGGUGAUGCUGGAAUGCCUGGAGAAAAGGGAGGAAUUGGAUUGCCUGGCCUGCCAGGAGCCAAUGGUAUGAAAGGCGAAAAAGGAGAUGUUGGUUUGCCUGGUGCCCAAGGUCCUUCAAUGAUAGGACCACCAGGACCACCAGGGCCACAUGGUCCUCCAGGCCCUAUGGGACCUCAUGGACUGCCUGGUCCGAAGGGUGAACCAGGGUUAAAUGGUCUUAAAGGAUUGAAGGGUGAACCAGGUCAAAAGGGUGACAGAGGGCCCCUUGGUCUUCCAGGAGCAUCUGGCUUAGACGGAAAGCCAGGACCCCGGGGUGUAGAUGGUCCAGUUGGUCCCCAUGGCCCUGCAGGUCCUAAAGGAGACAGAGGUGAAAAGGGAACUGUAGGUGAUCCUGGACCCAGAGGACCUUACGGCUUGCCUGGCAAAGAUGGCGAGCCUGGCCUUGAUGGUUUCCCUGGUCCUCGAGGAGAAAAGGGUGAUAUAGGAGAAAAGGGAGAAAAGGGGGAAAAGGGAAAGAAAGGCAAAAAGGGGCCUAAAGGGGAGAAAGGAGAACAGGGUGCUCCUGGAUUAGAUGCACCUUGCCCAUUGGGUCCUGAUGGAUUACCGAUGCCUGGCUGCUGGCAAAAGGGAGUCACACCAUGGCUUAUUGCUAAAAAGAGAUAAACCAGAGGAGGAUAGAAAGAGGCCUUGAAUUUUUUGGGAAUAAGAGUUCCAGCUGCAGGUGGAUGGUUUCCAGUCUUGUGGGUCACCUGGCCCCUUUGAUCAAAGAGGGUCCCGCCUAUUAAGCAGCAUCGGUUUGCCUUGCACUGCUCAUGGUCAUGAAGACAUUCACGAUAGGGGCUGUUGAGUCCUUAAUCAAGAGCAAAGAAGUUUGAAGAAGAAACCAGACUUCUCUGUGGGUUGUUUGAAAAGGUUACAGUGGUGCUGCUGGGAUCAUUUGAUGGCAGACACUGCAUGAGACCAGAAGCUUCUCAACCUUACUCGAGAAUGGACAGAGUAUAUGCUCUGCAUAUUGUCUUUUGGGACUGCUGGAGGAAAAAGCAUUCUUGAGUUGGGGAUGAAUGGGAACAUCCUCCAGAGGAGGAGAUAAUGGAACUGACUAAAGAUCUAUGUACCAUGGUGUGUUUUUCAGGUGAUUCAGUUUAAAACACAAAACUAGCUGAACUUCUCUGCGGAGUUUUGGAAGCUAUCGUUAACUUUGUUUUCAUUUUCCUGUAACUGUUACCAUAAAGGAUGCAUUUCCAUAAUCUAUUCAAUGUUUGUGAUGAUAGCAUUGAAGAAAAUACUUCAGGCCAUACGUUCAUCUUGUUUCACUAUUAACAGUUUUUAUUUCAGAGUCUUUGAAGCCUUGAAGUCUAAAAAAAAGGAGUUUAUUUUUGUUUUUCACAGACUGCUUUAUUAAUCUUGUUCUUUUUCUGCUGUUAUAGUGACCUUAGUGGACAUUAUUACUCAAAAAGUAUUAGAAAGAAUCAAGUCUGUGUGAUUACCACUGCACACUUGUCACUGUUAAAGGCAUUUCUAUUUCUCCAUUUCUGUUCAGAUGACUAGCUUUCUAGAGAAACAUUGUCAAAGUUUGUUUCUCCGCUUUUUUUUAUUGCUAGAAAUACUUAAUUUGUGCACAUUCGUAGUUUUUGCCACAAGGUAUUUUUUCCAGUUUUGAGUCUUCAUAUGGUGCACUGUAAUUAGUUUGAGGGACUAAUUUAUAACAAAUGGUGCCAUAUUUGGCAGAUGGAAAUUCUUUUUCUAUUACUUCUGUUCCUAGUGUAUAGCAGGAUGAUCACAAACUUUUUUACUUACUUUUCUGAGAGUUGUCUUUCAUACGUAGACCAAAAUUAAAGUUGAGGAAGACAGCCUGUCUCCAUCCAUAUGUGGGCACCUUGCCCUUCUUGGAAUGCAUGUCUUCUGAAUCACGUGAAGGUGGACACCUACUGUGGUUGCACUUUUCAUAUUGCUUCACAAUCUCAAAUCAAUGGAAAUGCCAUUAUAAUGAGAUCUUUCACUUUGUUAAAUCUUUAUCGUUCUGGUAUAUCAGAGACAAAAAACAGCUUUUCAUGGGGAAAGAUAUUCCAGAGUUUUGAAACUAAAAAUUAAUUUAGUGGCAUCCAUCUAGUACUAUCAUAUCAAUAAAAACAAAAUUUCAACACUAUAUAGAUAUACAUACUGCAUAUACCUAUAUUUUUACUGCUCAAUUCCAUCUUUCCAAUAGUAAGAAAUAAACAAGUGUUCACAGAUAUGAGGAAAAACGUUUUUCUGUGCUUAAAUUUUCAGAGAUGCGAGUAUCAACCUGUUUGAAUAAUCAAGAUUGUAAUAAUAAAACCUUCACAUGGCCUAGACUGACUAUAAAGUGUUAAUAAUCAGUGCCGCAGCAGUAAUGUGAAUGAGGGACUUCCCAGAAAAGAGGACAAGAGCAGCACUGUGUAAACCCUCAGACUUGCCAGUUUUAGUCUGCUUGUUUAAAAAGCAGUAUCUCAAAUAACAACAGGCUGAAGAGCAAGCUGCUGCCUAACAGAAAAGUCUCUUGUGCCUGUGUCCUGACUGAGCACUUUUUGCAAAGUAUAUUAUAGAUUUGAAGACUAGAAGUUGAACAUUUUUAUAAAAUAUCAAAUGCUGUCAAUCAGUAUUUGAUGAAAUCAGCAAAAUUAAAUAUUUUUUAAAUGUCCCUCAAAUGCAAAACCAAGUAGGAUGCUUAUGAUUUGGCUAGAUGGUUUAGAAAUUCUGUAUGGACAAUGUCCACAAGUACACUCAUUUACAAAACAGUGGCAAGAUAAACAGCUAUUAAAUGCAUGCUGUCACUAGCACAUUCAUAUUCUUAACAUUUGUAUAUCUGUAUUUUUAAACUGUCCUCGUAGCAUCCAUUUCUGUAUGUAUCGAUAAAGCUAGCAGAAACUUGGUUCAUUAUUUCUUCAUUCAGGAAAUAAUUAUAGACACUACUGUUAAGCAUUAGUCAAAACUCAAUUCCCCUUUAACUCCCUGACAUGGAGACCCCGCUGAAGAAACACUUAAGCACCUUUGUUCACUUUCUUUUCUGUCUUGUAAAGCAAUUUAUUUAACUCCUGCCAGGUGAGACUACUUCCCACCUCCCAUCCCCCAGCCACACCCUCGACAGUCUAAGCUUUUAAGCUUCUUUAUUGUUCAAUAUCAUGAAAGGUUCAUUCCAUGUAAAUAACCAUGGGUAGAGAGCAGAUAAACAAUUUGACAGGCUAAACUACAUACAUAGAUUUUACAUUAAUAUUUGCAUCUCAAAGACUGACUUGAAAUGAAACCUAACAGUAUCUAGAGAAGUGGCAUGUUUGGUACGAACAGAAAAGAAUUCUGUUUAUUAUUUCAUCAAGAAAAGCACCCUGUGAAGACUUGCGACAUCUUUAUUUUGUUUAAAAAGCAACUAUUUUUGGUGCUGGUAUAUCUUUUCUCUUUUGAUGGCAAAGCUACAGUUUGAACCACCUGUGUGUUGUUGUAUCUUUUAGUAGCAUUCCUCCAAGUAGAUACUAUUUGUUUUGUUUAGUUUGGGAUAGGAAGAGUAGUUCCUUUACCAGUAUUUUCACUUGUAGAAAUGUGUAGUGGUAUUAGUCUACACGUUUUCUAUAUCCCUGACUUCUUCAGGCAUGAUUAAUUCUUAUUUCUUUGAGAGUUUUCAGUAUUUGUUUCAUACUGAGUUUGUAAUCAUCUGUUACUCCAGUGUAUUAUAAUCGCUUUGUGCAGAAGUCCUGCUACAGAAGUAGCAAGUCUUUUACCCACUGUAUGGAAUAUGUCUGACAUACGUGGUCCUUGUCUUCAUACUCAUAGAUUAGCUGUGAGGAAUCUUCCUUUCAGGAUGCUUUGGACACCUUUUUUUUCUUUUUUUUUUUUUUUUUUCCCUGAGGUAAAGCAUGAAAUGUUAAUUCAUGGAACAAUGAUACAAUGUAUUUUUUUGAUUUAUAGGUUUAUUUAUUGCUGAUUUUGAUGCCAUGUUCUGGUAGUGUAGCAAGGCAGAAUGACACUCUUCAUCCAGCUGCUUAUAUAUUCUUUUAGUCUACCAUGUAAGUAGUAUGAAUGAGUUUCAGAAUGAUCAGAAUCUGCACAUGUAUAGAGUUUAAUAAGGGAUAAUUCUUAAGACUGAUGUAUAGUGUGCAAAGUUAGCAUUGACUCCAUUGAGCAUUCCCCUCGUGAAAGAGUGCACCUGAGCAUCAGUUACUCAGUUGCGCCAGUGGAAGAGGUGAUGCAAACCCAAAUGUGCUCAGCAGACCUUUGGUCCUUGUGGGAAGGUGGUGCUGCGUAAGGCUGAGGGCCACAUACGACAUGUCAUUCAGACCCUGAAUCCCAUCUAGAAAGAGAAGAAUUGUCCCAUUGACCACCACAGAACCAGUACUGUGAACCUGGUCACAGCCAUGCAAGGCUCUUCGCUUCGCUGUGCCUCUCUUUCCCUAGCAACGAAACAGGAAGAGUCAUGCAUCCUUCCCUUGCAAAGACCUUUGAGACAUGGCUGAAGGAAGAACCCAGGUAGUGUGCUUAGUAAUAAGGGGAAUAGUAUCAACAGUAGAGUUUUGCCUAAAUCAAGACCACUUUAGUGAAUAAAAGCUGCAGAGGUACUCCCAGUCUAUUGAACAUGAUGAAGAUGUUCAAGGCAUGUGGAAGUUGACCUUUCCUUUCAAAUCUCCUGUUCUCUGCUGCUUGACCAUCUUAAAUUACAUUUUUAAAUCUCUGAAUUGUAUCUAAUGAGAGACGUAAAUUUUCACACUGCAGAGUCACACAAAACAUUAGUAUCUGCAAAGAUAGUGGUGAAAAGAAAGUAAAGGUUUUAGUCACUGAAAAAAUGAAUCCAUUGUAGUGACCAGAAUUAAAACUAACACCUGAUUUAUUUUUUUUUUCCUUUUUACAACUUGCUUUUAUGGAUCCGAAUGUUGCUCUAAUGUACAAAUGAAGGUUUUCUUGCACCCUCUGUUAUUGAAGUAUUUCACAUGGUGGCUGGAUUCGUUAAACACUGUUAGAAACAAGUGCCUGCCACCAUCAUUUCUGACAAAAUUUUAGAAAGGUACUCCACAAAACAAGAGGAGUUUGUAUUUUAAAAAUAUUUGGAGUAUUGUUUUUGUUUCAUUUUGGUUUUAAAUGCAUCCAGUUAUUAAUGCUGCUUGGAAAUUGAAUUUUCUUUGGAAAACAGGGGGCCUUAACUUAACCUAGGACUGUCAGUGUUUUAUUUGUUUCUAUUUAAAUAAGAUAUUGUAUGAAUUUCCCAGAUACCAUUGGUUCUUGCACACUUCUCUGAAGUAUUAUGAAGAGUUGGGUUGGUGGAAGAAUGUUUUACAUAUUGUUAACAAAUAUGUGGAUAUUCUUAUAUUAUUGUACAUGUUUGGGAAAAUAUCACACAACUUUAUAAAUGUUACUAAGAUGUAUGUAUCUGACUUUUUCCUUUGGAAAAUAUUAUAUAUUUUUAUUUGUAUUUUUUACUUUUUUUAAGUUCAUCUAUAUGCGCUGUUAUUUUUGUAUUGCAAAUGGUCUCAUAAAUGCAGUAGAAGAGAUAAAAAUACAAAGAAAAGUUAAUUGGUGAAGGUUUACAGUGCUUGGAGGAAAACACAUGAGUCAGUCUCGUAUUAAUCAAUACUAAAAAUAUUUGGAGUGUCUUAGCACUGUAAAUAUGCCACAAGAUGUCCUUUGAUGAGUAGUGUAAAGAAUUGCAAGGUUUUAAUCGUCCAUUUCAAAUUGUUAUUAAUUACCACUUUCUUGUGGCCUUUGAUCCUGACUUAAUUGAACUCGAUCAAACAGCAUGCUUUUGUUUUUAUUAUUAAAAUUUCUCCUUGGUUUUCAGUUGUUUUCUUUCAGUUUUGUACUUCAGGUUUUGUUUCUUGCUUGUGAGAAGUUGAUCUUCAAAAUUAUUUUUACACUAUUUAUGAUUUAUUUUCAUAAUGUAAAAAGUGUGUAAUUAUUAAAAUAUUAAUCCAACCAUUGGUGCUGAUUUUACAUAGUUAUAAAGUUCUUAGUGUUGGUGCAAAAAUUGCUGUGGUCUGUGAAUUGGAAAAAGUGUGUGCUACAUUGUGCCAAUCUGUAGUUUGAAAUCUAGUGCAGGUCAUGUCAGUCAGUUUUCACAUUCACACAAAAAUCAGAGCAUUUGCAACAUGUUCCAUUUUCCUGCAUUGUGCAAUAAGAAAACACACCUCUUUCUAUUCUUAAUAUGUCUUUUCCCUUCAAUGUCCAGUCUGUUCAGUCAUCUUUUCUAAACAGGCAGCACAGGCUAUGGGCAACCACAGAAUUAAGGAAGGAAGAAGCUUUGCUGCAAACCUUAGAGCCUAUAUUUUCUCACUCUUGAAAAGUUGCAAAGAUAUAUGUAUUAACCAGAAGUUGAAACUAUUACAUAGGCAAGUCCACAGGCAACCUAGGAUCCAAAGAAAUGAAGCUGAAAAUCACCAGUGUCCCUUUUGUAUAAUACUGAAGGUGAACAAUAAACCUGAACUGCCAAGAAAUAAAGGCACAGGCACAGUGCAAGCUAGAAAAUAUGAAGGUCUGUUUACCGCAAGUCCAGUUUGUUCAGAAAAGACCCAGAAUAAUUAGUGCAAAAUGGUAUCUUUUCAAGCACUCUGGUCUAAGAAAACGUGUUUUUGCAGGAGUCUCUUCGGUCAAAAGAC